AUGGAAGACGCCAAAGGCAUUAUUCCCAAUGCUGGUGCAUAUCCGUCACCUUCAGAUUCUGUCGCAACCGAAGUUGGUCAAAACUACAACCAGCCUAGAUCAUGGCCCGCACGCUUCGUCGACAGCUUCAAACGCGACCCAAAUGCACACGCGACACCGCCAGGAACUGUCGGCUCGGAUGGAAAAGUGUUUGAUGUUGAGCAGGCAAAUGCUGCGACGGCCGACUCUGGCUUGUCGAGGCACUUGAAGGGUCGUCAUUUGCAGAUGAUUGCCAUUGGUGGUUCGAUUGGUAAAGAGAAACUUUGUGCUUCACCCAUUAAGUUUUACUCACAAAAGCUUCANGGUACUGGUUUGUUCGUCGGAUCUGGUUCAGCUCUUGCCAAUGGAGGUCCUGCUUCGCUGGUCAUCGCCUAUGGUAUUAUCGGCCUGAUGCUCUACUGUACCGUUCAUGCCCUUGGAGAGAUGGCCGUUCUGUUCCCUGUGGCUGGUUCCUUUUCUGCAUACUCGACACGCUUCCUUGAUCCGGCAUGGGGCUUCUCUAUGGGUUGGAACUAUGCUUUGCAAUGGCUAGUCGUGCUCCCUCUCGAGAUCGUUGCUGCUACCAUCACCAUCCAAUUCUGGAACGACUCGAUUGACCCAAACGCUUGGGUUGCCCUUUUCUUGGUCGUAAUUAUCGCCAUCAACCUCUUCGGCGUCAAGGGCUAUGGUGAGGCGGAGUUUGUUUUCAGUAUCCUGAAGGUUGUCGCCGUUGUUGGUUUCAUAAUUCUCGGCAUCAUCCUUGAUAUUGGAGGUGGUCCUGAGGGUGGUUUCAUUGGUGGAAAGUACUGGCGNCAGUACGUACAGAACUACUCACUCACAUCCGCCUUUGCCUUUGCCGGAACUGAGCUGGUUGGUUUGGCUGCCGCUGAAACUGCUAACCCUCGCAAGUCUCUGCCUACAGCCGUCAAGCAAGUCUUCUGGAGAAUUUUCCUGUUCUACUUGGUCUCUUUGACUUUUGUCGGCCUUCUAGUUCCCUACGAUGACAAGCGUCUGCUCAACGGCAGCAGCAGUGUUGACGCCAAGGCCAGUCCCUUCGUCAUUGCCAUCAGAAACGCCGGUAUUGAUGGUCUGCCUUCUGUGAUGAACGCCGUCAUUUUGAUUUCUGUUCUCUCGGUCGGCAAUUCCUCCAUCUACGGCUCGUCGCGCACUCUCGCUGCGCUUGCCGACCAAGGCCAGGCACCCAAGAUUCUUGGAUAUAUUGAUCGCAAGGGCCGUCCGAUUAUUUCAAUUGCUAUUGCCUCUGCUUUCGGUUUCCUUGCCUUCCUCGCUGGCUCCGACAAGCAGACCGACGCCUUCAACUGGAUGCUGGCACUCUCUGGUCUCAGUUCCAUCUUCACCUGGAUCAGCAUUUGCCUUGCUCACAUCCGCUUCCGUAAGGCUUGGAAGGCCCAAGGCCACUCUCUCGAUGAGCUGGCCUUCAGGUCACAACCCGGUGUCAUUGGUUCUUGGGUCGGCCUCAUCCUCAACUGUGUCGUUCUGAUCGCACAGUUCUGGACCGGUUUCGCGCCUAUUGGAUACGCCGACAUGACGACCAGCGAACAAGUCAUGAACUUUUUCGAAGUGUACCUUGCUGCUCCUGUCGUCAUCUUGUUCUACCUCCCCUACAAGUUAUGGUACCGCACAUCGGUUAUUCGCAGCCACAACAUGGACUUGCACACUGGCAUCCGCGAACUCAAUAUCGCCGAGCUGGUUGCCGAGGAGAGGGCUGAGCAGGCUCAGUGGCCGCGAUGGAAAAAGGUGUACAAGUGGUUCUGCUAG